AUGUUGAUCAAGCAUUUCAACGAAGACGAAGCGUCGCGUAUCUUGAAACAAACACCUACCGGUCGGUUUUUCGAUGACAGCGGUCCCAGCACCUUGGCUUACAGUUCUCGAUACGCAACCGGCGAUGUGCCCAAAUUCAAAAUUCCAAAAGAGUCGGCCGAGCCUCGCGUAGCCUAUCAACUCAUUCACGAUGAACUCAAAUUGGACGGUCAACCAAGCCAAAACUGUGCCAGUUUCGUGCAUACUUGGAUGGAACCUGAGGCUAAAGAAUUGAUCAUGGAGAAUAUUGCGAAAAAUUUGUCUGAUCAGGAUGAGUAUCCGGCCACCAUGGAAUUGGUCAAACGGUGUAUUUCCAUGAUCGGCAAUCUUUGGAACGCCGAUUCGGCCAUCGGUACCGCUACCGUUGGCUCCUCCGAAGCUGUCAUGCUUGGUGGAUUGGCCAUGAAGAAACGCUGGCAAGCCAGACAACGUGAGCAAGGCAAAGACACCACACGACCUAAUGUCAUCAUGGGCAAUAAUGCCCAAGUCGCACUCGAAAAAUUCGCUCGCUAUUUCGACGUGGAAUGUCGACUCGUGCCCGUGUCAAAGAAGGGUCACUUUGUCUUGGAUAUCGAUAAAGCCAUGGAAAUGGUCGACGAAAAUACCAUUGGUAUCUUUGUCAUCCUUGGCUCCACUUACACCGGUCACUUUGAAGAUGUUGGACGACUGUCACAACUCCUCGAUGAAUAUCAAGACAAGACCGGUAUCAAUAUUCCUAUUCAUGUGGAUGCAGCAAGUGCUGGCUUUGUUGCGCCAUUUGCAUUUCCUGAAUUAAAGUGGGAUUUCCGAUUACCGCGCGUCGUUUCUAUCAAUGCAUCAGGACACAAGUACGGUAUGACGUAUGCCGGUAGCGGCUGGAUUUUAUGGCGAGACGAAUCAUACCUACCCAAGGAACUCAUUUUCGAACUGCACUAUUUGGGUGGCACCGAAAAGACAUUCAACCUCAACUUUUCACGUCCCGCGUGUUUUGCGAUCGCCCAAUACUACAAUUUCCUGCGCCUUGGGAUGGACGGUUACACCAAGAUCAUUGAAAACGAUCUCACCAAUGCGCGAUUACUGUCUGUCGCCUUGGAAGCCACCGACUACUUUGACAUGGUAUCGGAUGUGCAUCGUCCCGAAGGUAUCUUUGGAUGGGAACACCGCAGUUCGUUUGAAGAUAUCAAGAAACGCGCCAACAAAAAGGAACGCACAAAGUACAAUCCAUCAUUGCCAGUCGUCUCGUUUAAACUCACGGACGAAUUCAAGAAGAAGCAUCCGCACGUCAAACAAAAUGCAAUUAGCACACUUUUACGUACCAGAGGCUGGAUCAUUCCUAACUAUCCAUUACCGCCGGACGAAGAAGAAACGGAGAUUUUACGUAUUGUUGUCCGCGAAUCCAUUUCACGCGACAUGAUUGAUAAGCUCGUGGAGGAAAUCGUGGAGAUGACUGAACGUCUCAAGAACGUCGAACAUGCCAUCGAUGCAAGAAUCUGUGGUUCAGAAGAAGAUAACAAAAAGGACAAGAAUAUGGAAAACAACGAGCACCUGUCACCAUCCACCUAUGCAAGACCUUGCUAA